AUGGAGGACGACCCAGAACACAGGGCUUCAUCAAUGCACUCUGCAUUUUCAGGUUUUGUUCUUGACCCUGAAAAAUGUAGCAGGCUAAGUUUGGGGGAGAAGAGGGAGCUAGUCCAUGAGAUUGCCCAAUGGUCAGAAGAAGCUUCAGAAAUGCUUAGUUCCUUUAGCCGUAAGGAGCUUAUUGAUAUGAUCUGUGCUGAACUAGGCGAGGAAAGGAAGUACAGAGGAUAUGCGAAAUCUAGACUGAUAAAACGCCUGCUAAAGUCGGUUUCUGAGAAAUCAAACAGUAAUAUCAACAGUAAUACUGCAUUUUCUCCAGCCAAAGUAGAAAUUGGAAAGAAAAGGAAACAGAGCACUGAAGCUUCCUUUCAGCCAUUCACUGACAGAGGUUGUGUUUCCAUGGUGACGAGUAAAGUAGAACAUGUUAAAUUUCAAAUUUGUAAAAAUGCAGCAUGCAGAGCUCCCUUAAGUUCAGAGCAAAUUUUUUGCAAGAGAUGCUCUUGCUGUAUUUGCCAUCGUUUUGAUGAUAACAAGGAUCCUAGUCUAUGGUUGACCUGUGACGCUAAUACUGUUGAUGAGAAUGGUCCGUGUGGAAUAUCAUGCCAUUUGGAAUGUGCUCUCAAACAUAAACGAGCUGGGAUUAUGAAGAAUGGUUGCUGUUCCCAAUUGGAUGGAAACUUUUACUGCAUUGCUUGUGGGAAGGUCAAUGAUUUAAUGAGAACAUGGAGAAAACAAUUAGUGAUAGCCAGGGAAGCUAGAAGAGUUGAUGUACUGUGUUUACGACUUUCUCUAUCCCACAGAAUUCUUUUGCAUACGAAGAAAUUCCAGAAACUGCAAAAUACUGUUGAAACUGCCAUAAAAAGACUGAAUGAUGAAGUCGGUCCACUAGAACAGGUUUGUGGAAAGAUGGCACGUGGAAUAGUUAACCGACUGUCUUGUGGAGCUGAUAUUCAGAAACUGUGCAUAUCUGCAGUUGAGUCCCUUGACUCGAUGUCUUCUGAUCAUUGUUCUGUCCAUUUGGGAAAGAAAGAACUAGCAACUUGCUGCAUCCAGUUUGAAGAGUCGUCCCCUUCUUCCGUCAUUGUUGUGCUAGAAUAUGAGGAUCGUCUUUUUAACAAUUUCUUGGGCUGCCGGCUGUGGCAUCGCAAGUCUGAUGAGAAGGAUUAUCCGGACCAACCUUCUUUCAUUGUUUUAAGGCCAGAGAAGAAAUUUGCUAUUGCUGAUCUACAACCUGCUACUGAAUAUUUCUGCAAGGUUUCUUUGUUUAGCAACACAGAAACUUUCGGUGUUUGGGAGGCUAAAUGGAUGACGCCUGCAGGGUAUGAUAGCUCUGUUGCAUUACAGAAACAGACAAGGGAAGAGAAUACGGUAAUUGGUCAGAUUCUUUCCCAAGCAGAAUCUACAAAUUCUACUGACAUCAAUGGGGAUCAUCCUGUGAAGUUUCCAUCAUCAAAUGGAAACUGCUUCAUUGAUCAAAGAAGCUAUCUUUCCAUUGACAAGAAUCAGAAGAAAGAGCUCUACCCACCGCCUCGUUCAAUGGGAACAGCUUCGUUGAUAAAAGAAACUCUCUCUCCAUUGACACCUAGCAAAUCCAAUGGAAUACGCAAAGCUCCAAGCCUCAAAUGUUCAAAGCGCUUGGACGAAAGUGAUUAUGAAUACUCAGUGCAGGCAAUCAAAUGGUUAGAGCAUGAGGGGCACAUAGAUGAAGAUUUCAGAGUCAAGUUCCUCACUUGGUUCAGCCUCAAAGCAACUAUGCAAGAGCGAAGAGUUGUCAGAGUGUAUGUGGACACUUUCAUUGAUGAUCCAUCAAGCUUGGCUAGGCAGCUGAUCCAUACCUUUUUGGAAGAGAUUUGUUUUCGGCCAAAAGAAUACCAGUUUAUGAACAUAGGCCUUGCACAAGGUUGUGCCAUCAAAUUUUGAAUAGGGGAA